GUCGCAGCAAAUGCCAUCAUGAGCAGCAGCGACGAGGGCGAGCAUCUGAUUGCGGCUGUGCAACAUCAAGCUUGGAAUAGAGGCUCCAAGGGACUCGUGAGAUUCAUAUCUAUGCAGCCUAGUCUAGCCGCUGCUACUCUCUGCAGUGUGGCUGCUGCCAUGCUGUUGUGUGUUUCGAUGUACUCUGUUACCGACCACACUUCUGCGUUGGUACAAACAAGCUUUUACCUUCCAAUGCACCAGGUACAAAUGCUUUCAUCCAGCACAGUUCCCAAUAUGGAGGUCAAAUAUGAUCCAGCAACCGGCGUAUUCACCGCGAGAAAUCCAGAAACCGGUGCUGUGACAAAAAUUGACACUGCUUCGGGAAGCGUGGACACUGUUGCUGACUUUGAAAAGAAACACUUUCAAUUUGAAGACGAAGAUUCUGACGUGUUAACGCCCGUCAAUAGUGGUGAUCCGCAUACAUACUUUCCCGGUUGGAAACAAAGUCCAUCUACAACGCAUGGCAGAUUAGACGGAGUAACAGAGUCUCCAAGAUCAGCAGAUUUUCGUAGACAUUACUCUAACUUUCUCAGGUAUCUUGGAAGCGAUGGAGAAGAUCCAGAGGAGGCUGCGAUCAGGAUUUACAACCUUUAUCCUUCAGGAGCAAGCGCCUUGGAUGGUGAUCAAGAGGCAUAACUUCUACAUAGGUGAAAUAAAAAUUUGUACCAUU